ACUAAUAAAUAGUAAUAACGUACUGUAAAUAAUUUUUACUUUCUCUGAUUAAUUUGAGUUGACAAUAUUAAAUUUAUAAUUAGAUGUAUAAAUGCUAAAAUUUUCGUUGACCGUUAAUGUAGCAUAUUAAAAAAUUGGCGGGAAUGAAAAGGUCUUUGACUGAAGUAAAUGAACUUGCAGAAAUUGCUGGUGUGACUCAAAGAAAAGGAUCAAUUCAAAGUCUAUAUUACUCAACUACAUGGAUGAAAGAAGAUUAUAAACUUAUAGAGUUAUCAAAUGAGUUAAUUAAAGAGUUAAAGGAAGGCGACAAUUUAGUUAUACGAGGUGAUGUUGAAGAUGAAUGUGUGAUCUGCACUAGAACUCAAACUUUUGAACUUAGAGCAGCAGAAACAACAAACUCAUUACUUGUUUUGCCUAGAUUAAGUACACCAAAGUCUAAAGAUUUUUCAAAAGAAUUACCCCUGGUUGAAACACCUGUAUUGAGUUGUUUCAACAGUUACUAUGAAGUUCGUCCCACAAGACCUAAAAUGCAGCGAUUGCGCAAAUACCUUACAGUAAAUGCUUAUUCUGGUUACAGAGACGACGAUGAAAAAGAAAAAUUUACAACAGAUGAUUUGCUUGAUACAAUCCAAUGCAGUGAAGCUGAGCUUACUCAAGGUUUAAUAGCCUGUCAAGCUUUACAAGUCGAUGGUUACUGGAGAACGUUAGAAAUAAAUUAUCAAGAGAAGGCUUUUUCUCAAAUCCUUGCUCUUGUUGAAGAAAAAGGAUGGAGCUGGAAAGAAAUACCUACUGAAGAAACAUGUGAAAUACUUAAGGAGCUCUAUCCAAGUUUUGUUCUCCUUCAUUGUUUCAAGGUAUAUGGAUCUGAAAUAAAGAAUGGUUUUUGUUUUUUAAGCGAAGACAAAGUUUGUCGAUAUUAUGUUGAGUACAUACUUAGGUCUGCACCUGGAAAGUUUAACUACAAUGAGUUUUUAAGUGCUUGGUCGCAGAGUGUGCCAGAUGGUAUGAAUGUCAAAUCUGAUCAUUUACUUGGAAUAGCAUUAACUGAUUUAAAAUAUCAACCCCCAUUGGUAUGGCAUUUUCCUGAACAUAAUCUUCCAGAUGAUCCUGCACAAAGGUUUAAUUUUCUGUUUAAAACAAGAGAAAAAUGGACUUACAAAGAAAUCGAACCUUAUCUAAAUUUUGUUUUGACUCUCUUGGCACUGCUGAAUGAAUUUUUAAUAAACAAGAUAAUCGUAUGUACAUGGAAGCGCUACUUUUUCAGUGCUGUCGUCACGUGAUAUAAUGUUCAAAUUUUCAUUGGUUUUUGAGGAUUCAAAAAAAAGUUGAAUGAUAAUUUUUUUGGAUCCUCAGCGAAGGGAAAUUAUCAAAUCAAAGUUAUCAAGAAUGUUACGUUUUUGCAUGCUUAUCGAAGAAAAAAAAAUUGCUUCGCGUUGAUUUGUCUAAUGGAAAUCUCCUUAUUAUACGCGUUAUUUUUCUGGCCGCGUUUAUGCAGAAUAAAAUUUUUAUUAAUGC